UAUAUAUCUACCCAAAACAUUAAACACACAGGAACGAACAAUCAAAGACAAAUAGCAAAAUGGUUUUGUCAUGGACAAAAGGGAGAGUUUUCCGCCGUGGCCGAAAAGGGAUUAAAGAAUUGAAUUCCGGUGGUGAUUUGGAGGUGGAGGUUGCGAUGCCCACCCAUUUCCGGUGCCCGGUCACUCUGGACUUGAUGAAAGACCCGGUGACACUGUCCACGGGUAUAACCUACGACAGAGACAGCAUCGAGAAGUGGUUCGAGGCAGGGAACCACACGUGCCCGGUUACCAAGAGGGACCUCGCCAGCUUCGACAUGAUCCCAAACCAUGCCCUUCGUAGGAUGAUUCAGGAUUGGUGCGUCGAGCACCGUUCAUUCGGGGUCGAAAGGAUCCCCACUCCUCGGAUACCCGUCACUCCGUACGAGGUUUCUGACACGUGCACGAGGAUCAUGUUGGCUUCUCAAAACGGGGACGAAAACAGGUGCCGUGAAUUGGUGCAUAAGAUAAAGGCUUGGGGGAAAGAGAGUGAGAGGAACAAGAGGUGCAUAGUUGCCAACGGUGCUCCACUUGUUCUGGCCAGUGCCUUUGAUUCUUUCUCACGUGGCUCGGUUGAGAAAAACGUGGUCGUUUUGGAGGAGAUCUUAGGGGUGUUGACAUGGAUGCGCCCUAUUGGGGAAGAGGGUAGAUCCAUGUUGGGGUCAGCACCUUCUAUGAGUUGCAUGGUUUGGUUCCUAAAUGGUAAACAAAUCUCCGCAAGGCAAAAUGCUGCUUUGUUGCUCAAGGAAAUGCCUAUUGAGGCAUUGGCAAAAACUGAAGGGGUUGUUGAAGGUUUGGUUAACAUGAUUAGGGAGCCUAUUGGACCUUCUGUUACCAAGUCAUGCUUGUUAAUGAUUUUUCACUUGGUUUCCUCAUCAGAGAAUAAAGACUUAAUCUCACAAAGAUUUGUGGAAUUGGGUUUGGCUUCGCUCGUGCUUGAGGCUAUUGUUGAUGCUGAAAGAGGGAUCUGCGAGAAAGGUUUGGGGGUGUUGGAUUGCAUUUGUGAGCGAAAACAAGGGAUGGAAAUAGCAAAGUCAAAUGCUCUGAUUUUGCCUCUUGUUAUUAAGAAGCUUUUGAGGGUGUCCGAGUUGAGUUCUACUUUUGCAGUCUCUAUUCUUUGGAAGCUAUGUGACAAGACCGACGAAAGGAUCUUGAUUGAGGCACUUCAAGUGGGUGCCUUUCAGAAACUUCUUGUUCUGUUGCAGGUGGGUUGUGGUGAGGACACAAAGGAGAAGGCUACCGAGUUGUUGAGGUUGUUGAAUGGUUACAGGAGCAAAGCAGAUUGUGUUGAUUCCUCAUUGGAUUUCAAGCACCUUAAGAAGCCCUUCUGAUUGAUCCAUGAGGAUGAUAUUUAAUUUCCCUUUUUUUCUUCUUUUUUUGUAUAGGUCAUUUCAUAGAAACAGACACA